AUGGGAGAUGCUUCACAGGCACUUGCUGAAGGUGAAGAGCAACAGCUCAACAGUCAAACAGAGACUGUGACCUCAAAGGCUGUAAAACAGGAAGCAGACAACAAGGAGUCUUUCAUUGCUUUUGCUAGAGUGUUCAGUGGUGUGGUGCGAAGAGGGCAAAAGAUCUUUGUUUUAGGACCAAAAUAUGAUCCUGCUGAGGCUUUGCAUAAGCUGUCACCCGACUGUUCUGCUACAGAUGAUCUGCCAGUAGUACCUCAUAUGACUUGCUGUACAUUGGAGAAUCUCUAUUUGCUCAUGGGAAGAGAACUUGAAGACCUUGAAGAAGUACCUGCAGGAAAUGUUCUAGGAAUAGGAGGCUUGCAGGAUUUUGUGCUGAAGUCUGCAACGUUGUCAACGUCUCCAGCUUGCCCACCAUUUACACCUCUCAACUUUGAAGCGACACCAAUUGUGCGGGUAGCUGUUGAACCAAAACAUCCAAGUGAUAUGCCUCAGCUGGUCAGAGGAAUGAAGCUUUUAAACCAAGCUGAUCCAUGUGUUCAAGUUUUAAUCCAGGAGACAGGAGAGCAUGUGCUAGUAACAGCAGGAGAAGUUCAUCUUCAGCGUUGCUUGGAUGACCUGAAAGAAAGGUUUGCAAAGAUAGAGAUUAGUGUAUCGGAACCUAUUAUUCCUUUCCGAGAGACAAUAACAAGACCUCCGAAAGUGGAUAUGGUGAAUGAAGAAAUAGGAAAACAGCAGAAAGUUGCAGUGAUUCACCAAACAAAAGAGGACCAGAGUAAAAUCCCUGAAGGAGUUGAGGUUGACUCAGAUGGGCUCGUUACAAUAUCUACUCCAAAUAAACAUGCUACUCUCAGUGUAAGAGCAAUGCCGCUUCCUGAGGAGGUAACUCGACUUCUCGAAGAAAACAGUGACUUAAUUCGAACUAUGGAGCAACUCAAUACAUCUCUGAAUGAAGAUAAAAAAACUCAGGAGAUAAAUCAGAAGACUAUUGAUAGGAUCAAGGAAUUUAAACAAAAGCUAGAGCAAAGUCUGCAGGGAAGAAGGUGGAGAAAUGCUGUUGAUCAGAUCUGGUCAUUUGGUCCACGGAAGUGUGGACCUAAUAUUUUAUUAUACAAAUUUGAAGGUUAUAAAAAGUCUGUGUGGCAGUGUCUUGAGAAUACUGUGAAAGAAACAAGUAAAUACAGAGAUUUUGACAACAGCAUAGUAAGUGGAUUUCAGCUGGCUACACUUUCUGGUCCCAUGUGUGAAGAACCUCUCAUGGGUGUUUGUUUUAUAGUGGAAAAAUGGGAAAUGAGCAAAGUUGGAGAGAUAUUGUCAGCGAGUAGGCAAGAUUCAGGGGAAUGUGAUGCCCUAGAACAUGAACAAAAUAAAGAUACUGAAGAUAGUCAUGUGGCUGAAGCUUGUGGAGAAGAUAAACACCAAGGCAGCAAUCCAAGUGUUGCAAGAUCACCUGAGAAAACUAAUAAACCCAAGGCAGAAGCUUUACUUGCAGAUUGUUAUGGCCCCUUUUCUGGGCAACUGAUUGCCACCAUGAAAGAAGCUUGUCGCUACGCUUUGCAGGCAAAGCCACAGAGGCUUAUGGCAGCAAUGUACACGUGUGAAAUUAUGGCUACCGCAGAAGUUUUAGGUCGUGUGUAUGCUGUCUUGUCCAAAAGAGAAGGCAGAGUGCUACAAGAGGAGAUGAAAGAGGGGACGGAUGUGUUUAUUAUUAAGGCAGUCCUGCCAGUAGCAGAAAGCUUUGGUUUUGCUGAUGAAAUCAGGAAGAGAACUAGUGGCCUGGCCAGUCCGCAGCUGGUGUUCAGCCACUGGGAGAUCAUUUCAAGUGACCCAUUCUGGGUACCAACCACUGAGGAAGAGUAUUUGCACUUUGGAGAAAAGGCAGAUUCCGAGAACCAGGCCCGCAAGUACAUGAAUGCAGUAAGAAAGCGAAAGGGACUUUAUGUAGAAGAAAAAAUUGUGGAGCAUGCUGAGAAGCAAAGAACUCUCAGUAGAAAUAAGUAGCUGCGUCUGCUUUCGGUUCUCUCCUGACUCAGCUAAGUGCGGGUGGAUUAUUUUCUAUGCAGUAGUUUCAAAAUUUCUUCUGGAUUGUUCUUUCACACCAGUUUUCUUAAACACUGUAAAGUCUGUGGCUUAUGUUUUAAUAAACCUAAGCCUUUCCAACUUUUCUACAGAGAAAUGGUUUAUUUAUUAAGUAAAAGAUAGGAAGAGAUUCUUUGGAAUUGGUCUUUUACAUUUUCUGCCAUAUUUUUGUCACAGGUGAGGAAAUCCUAACUUUUCUUUCUGAUUUAUCAGAUGAAAUCGAUUAGAACUUGUUAGCUAGUCUGUUGCAAAUAAACUAUGCAAUGAAUUU